GGGAGGUGAGGGGGGGUUCGGUGAGGACGGGAAGCUUUGAGCAGAACAGAUCCGAGCGGGGAGGAAAGACACCCGAAGGCUCCUCCAGGAGGAAAACUAUGAUUUGAAAUCGACAAGGAGCUGAAGGAUUACGUCAUCAGCACAAAGAGAAAACAAAAGUCAGCUCAUCUGAGGACUUCACACCAAGAAACAGAUUCCUGCUCAGCCAUGGCGGACCACAAAGAUAACAUCGAUGACUUUAAAGUGCAGACAGCCAAGCACCCAAACCACAGCUCUGCCCCUUUACGGCCGCACACAGAACAGUCCAAAGACCGAGCAUCCAAAAGGCUUUCAACGGACUCGAACGGCACCAGUGAUGGAGGCGUGGGCUCGUCCACACCGGUGGAGCUGACCGCUUUGGAAGAAUCGUUUCGACGCUUUGCCAUCCAUGGUGACACUCGCGCUACCGGCAAGGACAUGCACGGCAAGAACUGGUCCAAACUCUGCAAAGACUGCGGCGUGAUUGACGGCAAGAGCAUCACCCUCACUGACGUGGACAUCGUCUUCAGCAAAGUCAAGAAGAAAUCCUGUCGCACCAUCACAUUUGAUGAAUUCAAGGCUGCACUUGGAGAGCUGGCCAGGAAGAAACAUAAAGACAAGAGCGGAGAGGAGGCCGAAGCCGAAGUCUUUAAGCUGAUCGAGGGGAAGGCGCCGGUCAUCGCAGGAGUCACAAGAGCCGUGGCCUCUCCCACAGUGAGCCGUCUCACAGACACCAGCAAGUUUACGGGGUCGCACAAGGAGCGCUUCGAUGAAACCGGACGCGGGAAGGGGAAGGCUGGGCGCGUGGACGUAGUGGACACGUCGGGCUACGUCUCGGGAUACAAACAUCGAGGCUCAUACGAAAAGAAAGUGAACAAACCCGGCGAGGGUAGACCCAUGUGAAGGCCGACGUUUCAUCAACCGCCAGGAUGAUUUUUUUAAGAGUACUAAAAGAAAGCACAAAAAAAAAAAAUACAAUUUCAUAUCUUUACUCCACCUGUUUAUUUUAUGUAAGUUUGUGUUUGUGAGAGAGUUCCUCUCUUUGUGUGAGAACUGGAAAACUGUUUACAUCUAUUUUUACAAAGUCAUCACCAGCUGGUACAUUCCUGUCUGAUAGCAAGUGACUGCCAAACAGAGAAACUGCUCUGCUACGAAAACUCUUGUUACGAUAGGGCCCUAGAAUAUUUACCAAGCACAAUGAGCAAGAUGCCAAGAAAAAACAGAAGCGGGACAACAGCUUGAUGAUAAACAAUGUUGCACUUUUUAAUGAAAACGUCUAUAACCUAUAGUUAGCUGACAAAAAGGCAUAGGUGAUUACGGUAGUUUUGCAGUGUCAAAGAUGAAUAGCACAAUGUUUUUGGACAGAGAUAUACUAACAUUUCUAUUUUUACUCAAUUGCAUUUUCAGUAUUGUUUGUUUGUAUUUUGCACUUGUCA